CUGCCGCAACUUGCCGCACCCUAACGCACCACUGCCGCACCCAUCCCAAAUCAUGAGUACUACACUUAUUUUCAGCCUGCGCUGUUCUCGUGCACCAAAUAAAUGAACUAGGAGUGUUUCUCGUCCGACUCCUCAAUUAUCCACUUCACACUAAUGCAUUUGAGAGGCUGAAUUCAGAGAACAAUUUUGAGCAUGUUGCGGCACGGAUGCGGUACUGGGUGCGGCAGCUUCCAAUCAAGCACCCACCUCGCAACGGCCUGUCUCCCUUGACAGGCGCCCUCUGACUGCAAUAUCAUAUAGGCUUACCAUGUGCACGUCACACCACCCCUCAAUGGCACAGCCACUAAUAUCGAGGGAUGCGCAUCGAUUUUGCAGUAUCACGCUUAUCAUUGCAUCUUCCCUAGUCGCAAGGAUGAUUUUGAGUUUUAUCCGUCAAUUACUUCGGCGCGGGACGCCAUGCGAAUGUGAUACAACGCAGCUCAAUACUGUGGGUGUGACCCAUAGUGCCAAGGAAGCCUCCAGUUACAAUCGCACAGAAACUGUGACUGCGCAACCUCUCACUGGUACUCCCAAUGAACAUGUUCGUGUUGACGUUACCGUCCGUGUUUUUGACUCGCCAAAUCAAAGGCUCGAGUCGCAGCACUAUACCUCGAAUGCUCACACCACUCCGACUUUACAACAACAACCCGCCCCAUCACAGCUUGCACUGGCGAACCAACCGCCGCCAAAUGAGGCGCGAGAUCAGCCUCAUGAAAAUGUGCGAAUUCCUAUUGACGAGCCACAUGGACGAAAGGCUACGCACACCUUUGCUGUCUCUGAACCAAGGGCACAUAAAAUGCAGCCCCAGGAACCUACCAGUGGCAAUACCGAGUGGGAUGUCUGGCCUGACGGCCACAUUGUUCGCACCUACUCACAUGAAGAUGCCAAACGACCCGAGGUCAACGAUUUCCACGUCCACUGGGCUUGUGAGGGCGUAGGUGCUCCUCGAAAACAACACAAAGGCUCACUCGAUGCGUUACAGUGGCAAGACGGUGUACGUAGUCGUCGACGUUGCCACGGUGUAAUUAUAUGCACCAACCAUGAAUCCAAGGGUGGAUCAUGUGCCAUUGUCAUCCGUCCUACAACAACCAAGAAACUCAUUACAAGGCAGCUUGAGACAACAUGCUCGUGUGGUGCCAUGCUCGUCCAUAAUAACUGCGGUAUAAUUUACGACCUUUUCAAAUUUGCGGGUGGUGAUGAGCUGCUGAAGAUUUGGGAGGUGGAGCUUGACAUCUUGUGCGCAACUGGUGCAUCGCACUCGACGGCAAGGGAAACUAGGAGCGGGAGAGCAUUUAAUGCCUAUAUGACCUUGGGAAGGAGUUCGGCGGGUACGUGUCAAUCUGUUAAGACUAUAUCAACUUCUCUGGUUGGGAGUCUGAGUGAGUAUAGAUGUGAGGGCGGCUUCAAAAUCGUCGAGGGAGGGACCACGACGCUCGUAGAGAAAAGGACAGUGGAGGAGCGAGGAAAGGCGAACAAGGAGUGUGCUUGCAGAGGAAUGAGGGUGGGCACCACCCAUUUGGGAGGACUGAGAGCACAAGAUCAGGACAAGAACUAAGUGAUAGAAAUACCGAUAAUGAACAUGAAACGGCUUCUAUGCUGUCAAAAACCUAGGUGGGAGUUCAUUGACAUGACCGACCCCCGAACUCAUUGUGACAUCAUCGUGUAGCAUCGACCUGCAACGUUAAUGUUAUACUAACCACUGAGCAUGUUCACAAACAAUCCACGUACUUCCAAAAAUGACUUGACACUGAGCAAAGAGCGUUGUCAGUGAGAGAGAAAACC